AUGGCCGAGUCUCCUGCACCCGGCGCGUUUGCCUUUGCCAACACUAUCGUGGUGCCCAGAGUGGAAGGCCAAACUUCGGAUCUGCUGACCAUCGGAGUUGUUGACCGCCCGCGCCUCAAACUCCCGCAUACCAAAAGCCGGCGAGGGUGUCUUGCGCGUAAACGUCGAAGAGUCAAGCUUGCCCGUGUUCGGAAUCCCGUUCUCUCUCAGAACCAGGAUCGAAUGGAUACGGAGCCUCAGAUCAGCCUCCUGCAGCUUGAGCUGUUUCAUCACUGGGGUAAACAGACCAUGUCCACUCUGACUUUUCCCCAAGUGUGGCCCGCCAAAGACUUUGUCAUGUCUGCCAUCCUAUGCGUCGCCGCCAUGCAUCUCACCACUCUGUGUUCGCAGAACCACAAAUACUCGCGUGCAUCAAUGCAGCUAACGGCCAGAACAGUCCGCCUGUUUCGCGAAACCCUAUCUCGACCCAUCACAAGAGAUAAUUGCGAGGCCCUCAUGGGCACAGCCCUGCUUGUCAACUACAUGUCAUGGUCCGACCUCGGCUUUCUAGACAGCCCCGUGAAUGGUGAGUCCACAGCCGGGCUGGAUCUCGCUCAUAAUCUGCUCUUUCUGCUCAGCCCUGGCAACAUCCAGGCCAUUCCGGUCUUCUUCGACGAGGGAGGCGCCUUUGCCGAGAUGAUCCAUCAGAACCCUAGGGUCAGCAUUGAGCAUGAAUUGACCGAAUGCGGCGAGGAUACAACACGCUUCGUGGAGCCGCUAAUGUGGAUGUGGGAUGACCUGUGCUGCCAGAGCCCGCGUCCUGUGGCUGUCGAGACGGUUCCUCGUGGACCUCCACCACAUGCCUGGCGACUGCUUCUUGGUCUGGAGCGGGAGCUGGUACUAGUUCGCUCUGCACCGCGCACAACCGGCACCACGCCAAAAACAGCAAUCACAAACGUUACUACAGACCACGCCUCGACUGGACGACUGCAGAUAUCGGCCGCAUCGUCUUCAGAAGCGACGCAAUCAAUGCGUCUGUUCUUCCAACGCAUUAUGUGUCGUGUGUCGCCGCUCUUCUCUUGCGCAAAUCUCAAGUCGGCAGGCAGUACAGUCGCCAAAUCAGCCGUGUUGCAGGUUGAAGAGGCCAUCGAGCAGCUAUCAUAUGGGUUUCCAAUCCUUUGCUGCGCGCCGUUAUUGAAGCUAUUGACGCUGAGAGACUCGAGGGCGCUUGUGGGUCUCGUCCACUUCUAUGGCGCAGCACACAACUUGUUAAUAUCCGAAAGAUGUUGGAGCACCUUCAGGGAAGAGCGAAUUGCCGAGGAGUUGAACCUUGGAAGGCUUGAUGCAUACUUAAUUAUCUAG